AAAUGGCAUUGGAAGAGUAUCUGUGGAUGGUCAUUGUGGGUUUUAUCAUUGCUUUUAUCUUGGCUUUUUCAGUUGGGGCAAAUGAUGUUGCCAAUUCUUUUGGUACUGCUGUGGGUUCUGGUGUAGUUACUUUGCGCCAAGCCUGCAUCCUUGCUUCCAUUUUUGAAACUACUGGUUCAGUAUUGCUGGGAGCAAAAGUAGGUGAAACUAUUCGUAAAGGUAUAAUUGAUGUGAACUUGUAUGACAACUCAACAGGUCUACUUAUGGCUGGAGAAGUGAGUGCAAUGGUUGGAUCUGCUGUUUGGCAGCUGAUAGCAUCAUUUUUGAAGCUUCCAAUAUCUGGAACUCACUGUAUUGUGGGUUCUACUAUUGGUUUCUCGUUGGUUGCAAUUGGCACACGAGGAGUCCAGUGGAUGGAACUUGUCAAGAUUGUUGCUUCCUGGUUUAUCUCCCCACUACUAUCUGGUAUGAUGUCUGGUGCGCUGUUUCUCUUGAUCAGAUUUUUCAUCUUAAAUAAGGAAGAUCCUGUACCAAAUGGUCUUCGUGUCCUUCCAAUAUUCUAUGCUGCUACAAUAACUAUUAAUGUGUUCUCCAUAAUGUAUACAGGUGCUCCAGUCCUAGGAAUCACGCUUCCUAUGUGGGCAAUAGCACUAAUAUCAAUUGGUGUAUCAAUUGUAUUUGCUGCCUUGGUAUGGAUAUUUGUGUGUCCAUGGAUGAAAAGAAAAAUAGCAAGUCGUUUAAAGAAGGAAAGUGCAUUAUCAAAAAUAUCUGAUGAAAGCCUUGACAAAAUUCAAGAAGAGGAUAUGCCUGUCUUUAAAGAACUUCCUGGUGUAAAAGAAAGUGAUGAAAGUACUAUUCCCCUGACUAGCUGUGGAACAGAAGAGGCAGGUGUAUCAGAUAAUAUAGCAAAUGGUAGCCAUCCACGUGUACCAUAUGGAAGGGCAUUUUCAAUGACUCACAGUAUGGUGAAAUCACCUGUCUCCAAUGGCACAUUUAAUUUUGAUGGCCACAUGAAGAGUGACAUCCAUGUGUACCACACUGUGCACAAAGACUCAGGAUUGUACAAAGAUUUACUGCACAAAAUACAUCUAGAUAGAGGGAAUGAGGAUAGGCCUUCGCAAGAAAAUAACUACAAGUUACUGCGGCGCAACAAUAGCUACACUUGUUACACCGCUGCCAUAUGUGGGAUGCCUGUGCAUUCUUCCUUCAAGGCUGCCGACGUGUCCACCCCAGAAGACAGUGAAAAGCUAGUUGCAGACACAGUAUCUUAUUCCAAAAAGAGGAUUCGCUAUGACAGCUACUCCAGCUACUGCAAUGCUGUGGCCGAAGCAGAAAUUGAAGCAGAGGAAGGAGGUGUAGAGAUGAAAUUGGCGUCUGAGUUAGUAGAUCCUAAUCAUCCCAAUGACGAUACUGCAGAAGAAGAGAGAGAUGAGCGGGACUCCUCAGAGGUCCACCUCCUUUUUCACUUCCUCCAAAUCCUGACAGCUUGCUUUGGGUCUUUUGCUCAUGGAGGCAAUGAUGUCAGCAAUGCUAUAGGCCCUUUGGUUGCCCUCUGGCUUAUAUAUGAUCAGGGUCGUGUAAUGCAAGAUGCUCCUACUCCUGUUUGGCUGCUACUAUAUGGAGGCAUUGGCAUCUGUGUAGGCCUCUGGGUCUGGGGGCGAAGAGUGAUCCAAACAAUGGGAAAAGACCUGACACCUAUCACACCAUCAAGUGGAUUUUGCAUUGAAGUUAUGUGUGCGCUAACCGUACUUGUAGCCUCAAAUGUGGGUAUUCCAAUAAGCUCCACUCAUUGCAAGGUUGGCUCUGUGGUAGCAGUUGGUUGGAUACGGUCCAAGAAGGCUGUUGACUGGCAUCUCUUCCGCAAUAUCUUUCUAGCCUGGUUUGUGACUGUUCCUGUAGCUGGCUUAUUCAGUGCUGGCGUCAUGGCAAUCUUAAUGUAUGGAAUAUUACGAUAUGUCUGAUACUUCAAUGUUCUUUCCAGAAAAAAAGGGAGUAUCUCUUUUAACUAAAAGAAGACAACAUCUUGCCCUCAGAAUGCAGAGCUCCCUGAUCAACCAUAGACAUACAGUAAGAGCGAGGCUUUUACCCUCAGUAUUUAACAUCUACUGUACAUAUCAUCAGUGUCAUUGGUGCCGUUUCUUCUGUAUGUGUAUAUAUAUAUAUAUACAUAUAUAUAUAUAUAUAUAUGUAUGUA